UUUUCUGUUUGUUGUUUUCUUCCACUUCAUUUUGUUUGUAAAAUUUAAAGUAAAUUCUAACAUUAACAUUUAUAUCAUAGCAUUGUAAAUUGUAAUUUUAAUAUGUUUAACGCAGAAGUCACGCGGGAACCCGUCUCACGGGACGGUGGUGGAGCUGACAAACCGCCAACGUACGAUUGUGAUUUAUGCGACUCUGGGGACUGGUUGAGCGAAACCGAAGUAGAAGUACACAAGAAGACUAUGCAUUUAGCAGAUCUACACCAAAUUGUGGCGAAACAGUCCAACGUGUGCUUGACCUGUGUAAAAUGUUUUCCGGACGAUACUACCCUUGUUGAACACAUCAAAACAAUUCACUUACUAAGCUCAAAAACUGCCCGACGAGUCGAGAGAGAAAUCUUCGUCUGCGAUCACUGCGACGAGUUAUUCUUCAACAAAAGACUCUUAGCGUUCCAUAUACACUACCGUCACAUCAAGAAACCGGCUGGAUUCCUCCUAAAUUGCCCGUUAUGUCAUAAAAAGAAAAGUUGCAGAAAAUUCAUGAGCCAUCUCAUACAACAUGAGGCGCAAGGCAUAUCGGUGUGUCCGAUAUGUGUCCGUAAACAACAGAACACUAAAGCGCUCGCACUGCACACGGAGACACAUCAGAAGCACUACCAUUGCAACGUUUGCGGUUACAUAUCCAUAAAAGAAAAAGACUUUAAUCUACAUUUAGAUAGGUACCAGCGAAGGAAAGCAAUCAAAACUCCAAACGUGAGAAAUUACAGAGAUUAUUUCUUGUUGCCGCGUUUUAGGCAAUCGUGGUUUUAUAGGAAUUUCAGAAUUGGUGUGCAAGGCUUAAUAUUUUGGAAUAAAAUCUAUAUUUGCGUUCUGUGUCGAGAGAUUUGUACGAGCCUUAAGGGAAUGGCAGAUCAUGUGGCUCAGAUACACUUGUACGACACCAGUGAAACGGUGAUAAAAAAAGUUUGCACGUGCGGAGAAUCGUUUACGAACAAAGUCUUGCUUAAACACCACAUCUUGAAAAUGAAGGGAGACCAUAAAUUGCAAUAUAUGGAAUUUGCUGAUAGAGAACAAAACGCACUGGAAUGUGAACUUCAGGAAGAUGUAAUGGAGUAAGACAAUAUACAUAAUUAUUAUUAUGAAACUAGCUUUUGCCCGCGGCUUCACCCGCGUGUAAUUUAGUGUCACAGGUCGGCAUAAAUAUAGCCUAUAUGUUACAAACAAUAACACUGUAAAGUUUCAACAAAAUCCGUUCAGUAGUUUUUGCGUGAAAGAGUAACAAACAUCCAGACAUCCAAACUUUCGAUUUAUAAUAUUAGUAGGAUAAGUAUAGUUGGUUUCGAUGACAGACUGGCUGAAUCGAGGUCGAAGGAACGCGGGUUCGAACACCGCCGCUUGUCUAUUGUGGUGAACCCACU